AUUAAUUGAUUUAACUCUAAUCACUGUUAUUCUUCUUUCCUUUCUUCUCCGCCGCUGCCUUUCUUCUCCGGCGCAUCUGCAAAACAACCAGAGAAACACAGUCGGAGAGAAAUAAAAAAAUAAAAGUGAAUAAACCGCUCCGCUCAUGGUGCGGCCCGCGACCCGCAACCCGCGUUUGCGGCGAUCUCUCAAAGAAGAAUUGAAUCCUUAUCUUAAGGAUGAUGGAAGUGGUUACCCAGAAGAAAGUGAUGGAGUUAACGUUGCUGCAAGCAAACUUCUAUCAUCUUCCCUUGUUGGGGAUGGAGGAGCAAGUUGGAGACUUAAAGCAUUAAAGCGUGGACAAGAGCAAGCAGCUAGAGAAGGACGAAGCUUUCAAGAGGUUGUGGGAGAAAGGUGGGGUUCCCUUGGUGAGUUGACUGCAUCUGUUGCAUCAGGAGCAGCUGCCCCAUCCCGAGCUCAUUUACGUGCUAUUAAAAGUAGACAAAGAAGGGUAGCUGAGGAUAAUUCACCAGAUUCUGAAAAGCCUAUCCAAAGAGAUUCUAAAAGGGAUUGGCACCAUGAAAUGAAAGCGCCUAAAGUGCAAGAUUCAUUAUCUUGGAGAAAGCGCAAAAGCCAGUUUGUGGUAGCUGAGGGUGCUGAGAUCGUUGCGGCUGCAGCAUCUAGCUUAAAUAAAUUUGCUAAUGAUGGAAGCUUUAUGCGGGAAUUAGUCAGUAAGCUGAGUGGUAACUCAGAUGUAAGCACAACCAGUGAAGGAAAUACAGUAGCAGUACAAAAUAAGAUGAGUGCAAACCAGUUGGCAGCCAAGGCUAUGCAACUUCGUUUGAAAGGAAAGAAUGACGAAGCUGACAAACUAAUGGAAGAAGCGAAGGUUUUGAACACAACGCAGACAAACGAAGAUCAUGUAAUUAGAUCAAGAGCUGAGGGAAGUUCUAGAAGGUAUGCUAUGCAAAGGAUAUCUACUGAACAGAACAAAGGCGAGGAUGAUGCCGAUAUGAAUCUUGCUCGCAAUAUAAUGCAGAACAAACAAUUUAAGGUUCACACUCAAGCAGAUGAUGAAUAUGAUUUUGAAGAUGGUCCAAGUAGAAAGAGUAGAAAGAAGCAAGGAGGCGAAGACCCCAAGAAUAUCCCAAAUAAGAUGAAUGCAAAUCGAUUCUUGACCCAGAAAGAACGCUGCCUCUUUUGUCUAGAGAAUCCAAAACGGCCUAUGCAUCUUGUUGUAUCCAUUGCAAAUUUCACAUAUCUUAUGUUGCCACAGUUGCAGCCAUUGGUGCCUGGUCAUUGUUGUAUUCUACCCAUUCAUCAUGAAUCAGCUACAAGAACUGUGGAUGAUAAUGUGUGGGUAGAAAUCCGAAACUUCCAGAAAUGCCUAAUUAUGAUGUUUGCAAAGCAAGAUAAGGAAGUAGUGUUUCUUGAAACUGUGAUGGGAUUGGCACAGCAACGACGCCAUUGUAUGAUUGAGUGCAUUCCUUUACCCAAAGAUAUUGCUAAAGAUGCUCCUUUAUACUUUAAGAAGGCAAUUGAUGAAGCAGAAGAUGAGUGGAGCCAGCAUAAUGCCAAAAAACUGAUUGAUACUAGUCAAAAGGGUCUGCGCAACUCAAUUCCCAAGGAUUUUCCAUAUUUUCACGUUGAAUUUGGCUUAAACAAGGGAUUUGUUCAUGUCAUUGACGAUGAAAAGGACUUCAAAAGUAGCCUUGGAUUGAAUGUUCUUAGAGGCAUGCUGCAUUUACCUGAGGAAGAUAUGUACAGACGUCAAAGGUAUGCUGCAUUGGAGGUACAGAAGCAAGCAGUCACUAGCUUUUCUAAAGAGUGGAAGCAGUUUGACUGGACUACAGAACUUCAUUGACGUAUUUUUGUAGUAUUUAUAGUCUUGAUAAAAACAAAUCAUGCAUUGUAACAAAAGGAAUGAAUGGAGUGAAGUAUUAAAUAAGUCACUCUUUUUAAUCAAGUAUUAAUUAUUUUCUUCUAA